GCCGAGCACCGGCGAAUCAUGGGGGUUAACUCCAAACGGCUGCUUACGGCGCUUACGCGGCUUGGGACGGGGCCAUGAGCGAGACGCGUAGUGGGCGUCUUGUCGUUGGGGUCAAAGCUGAGGGAUUUUCGAAGCGGAAGGGCUCUUUUCCGUGUUGCAAUUGGGGAGUGCGUGCCGGUGUGUUCUUUCUUUCUCUCUCUCUCUCUCUAUUCAUCGCGUGAUUUGGGUCUGGGUUUUAGGGUUGAGGCGACGAUUUUCUUCUUGCCAUUGGUGACGCUGGCUUCACCCGCCUCUUCGAGAUUUGCAGAUUUCUCCUUGCUCGAGGCGUUCUAGCUGGCUGUUGCGGGAAUCAGAGCACAUAUGUCGCCCAGCUAUGGGUUUGAGCUGUCCGUGGGUAGGCAGCCUGCAUAGCAUUGUGCCAAUGCCUAGGGGUGCACUUACAUGCGCACGAAAUCACUCUUCUAUAAGUCCUGCCACUUACAAUCAUGAGCGGCUGAAUGAAUGCAUGCUAGCGUCGUCUUACCAUAGAUCCUCUAUCUGGCGACGAAAUUCCCGAGCAUCAAAUGGUUCUAUGCCAUGGAAACAACUGAAUCCAUAUAACUGUAUCUGGGUUGAGUGUGAUGGGGGCAAAAGUGCCACCUCCCUUUUGAUCAUGUUCAUCGGCUACUCCAAUCAAUAUUGGGAAGCAUACCAUGUCCAUCCUCGCAUUAAGCUCGUCUCGGACGGAAACCUCCCAGGCAGGCUAUUGCUGUCAUCAACCAUGGGGUAUAUCGAAGUUUUAUCGUAUCAAGCUGUCGAACCACGGACGGUUCUGUUCUCCCGAUAGGGAUUCCACUUGGUCUAGGAGAGAAGAUUGAUU